AUGCUGCUGCUGGCCGCGAUCAACCUGCCGGUCAUCGCGGUGGUGAUCAACGUGUUGCGACAACUGUUGCUCCCCCGCGACCCGUCUCUGCCUCCGGAGGUGUUCCACUGGUUACCCUUCGUUGGAUCGGCUGCGUCAUACGGGAACGAUCCCAUGAGCUUCUUCUUUCAGUGCAGGGAGAAGUAUGGAGACGUGUUUACCUUCAUUCUCCUUGGACGACGUGUGACAGUGGCACUUGGGCCGAAGGGCAACAACUUCAUUCUCGGUGGCAAAUCGACGACCUUCAACGCAGAAGAUGCGUAUACUCACCUCACCACCCCCGUGUUCGGCAAGGACGUCGUCUACGACGUGCCUAAUGAGGUCUUCAUGGAGCAGAAGCGAUUCGUCAAGGUCGGCCUUUCGAUGGAUAACUUGAAGGCUUAUGUCGGCAUGAUCGAGGAGGAAGUCGAAAACUUCCUGAACCACGACGGCCAGUUCCUUACCUAUCAAAUCGGGGACAUCAACGAAUGGGGCCAGUUCGACGUAUCUAAGGUCUUGGCCGAGAUCACUAUCUUGACCGCCUCGAGGACGCUCCAAGGACGGGAGGUCCGCGAGGGCCUGGACAAGACGUUCGCCCAGCUAUACACUGACUUGGAUGGAGGAUUCACCCCAAUCAAUUUCAUGUUCCCCAACUUGCCGCUGGAGAGCUAUCGGAAACGCGACAGGGCACAGGCCAAGAUGAGCAAGUACUACACGGACAUCAUCGAGAAGCGCCGUCAGAAUCCCAACCACGAGGAUGAACACGACAUGAUCGCGGCGCUCAUGAGCCAGAAGUACAAGGACGGCCGCCCCCUGCGUGACCAUGAAAUCGCCCACAUCCUCAUCGCGCUCCUCAUGGCCGGCCAGCACACCUCGUCUGCCACCGGCUCCUGGAUCGUUCUCCACCUCGCCAACAACCCCGAAGUCGCCGAGGCGCUCUACCAAGAGCAAGUGAAGCACUUCAUGGGCCCCGACGGCAAGUUCCGCUCGAUGACCUACGACGAACUGCGCGAGCUGCCUGUGCUCGAUUCCGUCAUCCGCGAGACGCUCCGGCGGCACCCGCCGAUCCACUCGAUCAUGCGCAAGGUUCGCGACGACGUGCCCGUCCCCGCCACACUCGCUGCGCCCGCGUCCGGCAAGAACCGCGACCGGACGUACGUGAUCCCGAAGGGCCACUUCGUGCUCGCCUCUCCGCUCGUCUCCCAGGUCGAUCCGAAGACGUGGCGGGACCCGCUCAAGUGGGAUCCCUACCGGUGGAGCGACCCGGAGGGCGUCGCCGCGCAGGCGUACAACGAGUACUACGACGAGAAGGGCGAGAAGGUCGACUACGGCUUCGGUGCGGUGAGCAAGGGCACGGACAGCCCGUACCAGCCCUUCGGCGCGGGCAGGCAUCGGUGCAUCGGCGAGCAGUUCGCGUAUUUGCAGCUCGGUACCAUCGUCGCGACGCUCAUCCGCAAGCUCGAGCUUCGGAUGGAACAGCCGAUGCCCGGACACAACUACCACACGAUGAUCACGAUGCCGACGUUACCCUGCAAAGUUGUUUACCGGAGGAGGGCAUUUGAUUAA